UAUUUCCGGUCCAAACUUUACCGUCAUAGCCAGCAAUUUGCAAGCAUGAUAUUCUCAACGAGUGUUUCAUUGAAUUGUUAUUAAAUGAUGUCUAUUUUGAGUAAUAUCGCGUUGAUCACGUUAUUCUCUUAAGCGAGGAAACUGACAGUGGGUUUACGUUUAAUUACAAGUGUCCCAGUUUUGUGUAAUAAAUACAAUCUGCUAGCGUCGUUAGCCUGGCAGCUAGCCGCCUACAGUGCAAUGGUGUAUUUGAUGUUUUAAAUAACUUAGACGACGCAUUUAGGCUCGCUCAUGGCAGCUCGGAACCCCUUCACAGACACGGAUACAUCGGAUGAAGCAGUGAGGGCGACUUGUGACGAUGCCACUGCGUGUAAAAGGUUUGCCAUUAGUAAAGGCUACUGGAAAGACCCUUACAUCCAGUAUUUUGUGAGAUCGGUGGGAGAGCGGAAGGCACCUGAAAUCAAUAGAGGUUAUUAUGGCCGUGUUAAAGGUGUCAACCAUCUCCUUGAUGCAUUCAUAAAGAAAACAGAAUGUGAUUGUCAAGUCAUCAACCUAGGUGCCGGGCUGGAUACCACAUUCUGGAGACUCAAGGAUGAAGACCUCUUGCCCAAGAAGUAUUUUGAAGUUGACUUUUCUACUGUUGUGGCCAGGAAAAUACACUAUAUAAAGACAAAACCACAAUUAUCCAAGCCCAUCAUCGAAACCCAUUCAACAGAUUCCUUGCUACUAGACGCUCACAGCCUUGACUCGGAUCGAUAUUGCAUCAUCGGUGCGGACCUCAGAGACAUCGCUACUUUGGAUGAAAAACUGAAGAAGUUCCAUCUUAACCCAGAGUUGCCCACAUUGCUGCUUUCAGAGUGUGUGCUGGUCUACAUGGCGCCAGCUCAGUCAUCCAGUUUGGUUCAUUGGGCUGGAGAUACCUUUCACACUGCCAUGUUCAUUAACUACGAACAGGUGAACAUGAGUGACCGUUUUGGGCAUGUGAUGAUAGAGAACCUGCAGCGACGUCAGUGCACACUGGCAGGGGUUGAGGUCUGCCGAUCUCUGGACUCUCAGAAGGAUCGAUUUCUCAAGUCUGGCUGGGAUCAUGCCAACGCACUGGACAUGGUGGCGGUUUACAGUAUGCUUCCACAGGAUGAUGUGGCAAGAAUCGAGCGACUGGAGUUCCUUGAUGAGAAGGAGUUAUUGCAGCAACUCCUUCAGCACUACAGCAUCUGCUGGGCCACCAAGGACAAGCUCAGUCUGGGUCUGUCACAGUUGGCGUUUUGACUGAAACUCCACUUCAGCAAUGGAUGAGCUGGAGAUGUUUAAUGGAAAAGUAGUAGUCUGGAUUUCACACAUGUAUCAUGGACUUGUUCCACCGCCUCUUCAACGUGCAACAAGCCUUGUGAUGAACACCUGUGAAGAGGAUUUGGUGUUUUGUUUGCUAUCUCACAAAACCCAAUGGAUUUGUUUUAGUUAGUUGCAGACAUGACAAUUAAACCUCUUCACAUUUAA